UGAAUUAUCCACCUCGACUACACUACAUCUGAAGACUUCGGACUGCCUGUGAGGAUACAAUCACCUAACGAUGCCGGAACAAACAGAGCUUAUUCACAGCUUCAAGGGCAUUCCCUUCUCAACCACGGUCUCCACAGAGCUGCUCCAAGCCCUGGACACUUUUGAGGCCAGAGAAGAUGAUGUAGUCUUAGUGUCCUAUCCAAAAUCAGGCACCCAUUGGCUGACAGAGAUCAUGAAGAACCUGUACCACUGCAACAACGACAACAACGCAACAGGCCAGGUGACCCUGACUUCAGCUCUGGAGUUUGGAGAUCUCUCCAAAUUUGACGAGCUGAGGAACCUGCCCAGCAAGAGACUCAUCCCCACACACCUCAGCCAUGACAUGAUCCCUGUGCAGUUCAAAACAAAGAAAUGCAAGAUGAUUUAUGUGAUCAGGAAUCCCAAAGACACUGCAGUUUCAAUGUUUCACUACUACCAACAAAACCCUCUUCUGCCCAAGAUUGAGAAGUGGUCAACCUUUUUGGACAUGUUCUUGAAAGGAGAAGUGGUCUAUGGAUCUUGGAUUGAUCAUGUCCAGAGCUGGGAGAAGAAUCAAAAUGAUGAAAAUACACUUUUUCUGUACUACGAGUCCAUGAAGAAGGACCUCCCAAAAUACGUCAAGGAGAUCAGUUCAUUUUUGAACAUCAGCGUCUCCGAAGAUCAAAUCAAUGAGAUCGUGAAGAAAUCCUCCUUCAGCGAAAUGAAAGAAAAGGCACAGAAGGAGAAAGUCGACACAAAGCACACAGUUUGCGCACUGACAUCUGAUAAGAAGCUGAUCUUCAGGAAAGGUGCUGUGGGUGACUGGAAGAAUCAUUUUACCUCCAAGCAGAACGCCCAGUUUGAAGCACUCUUUAAGGACAAGAUCAACUCCAGUGAAUUAGCAAGACAAGUUGAAUAUGAGUGAUAGCAAGGAAGAAAUGAAGUAUGCUGUGAAAUACGAUCUCAUCCUUUUGUAUUUAUUAUCACCAGCAUAUUCUGUCCCUUUAUAAAACUGACAGUUACAGUUCAAAGUUCUGUAAAGCAAAUAUACUGGUACUGAAAUGAAAUUAUUUAUGUUAGUUAUAACUAUUUAUUAAUAUUUUAUCAUAUUUAAAACCUGUGCAUUCUUGUGUGUUCUUAUAAAUGUACCAAUGAUGAUUACACAUGGCAUUUUGUUAGCUGAAAUAAAUAAAUUAUAAUUUUGGCUAAGA